AUGGAGGAUCACAACGAUGAGGAGGUUCGCGUUCCAGAAGCAGAAGAGGACCUGUUCCAGAUGCGGAGAGAAGAUCUGGAAGACUUGCUAGCCCAAGCCAGGGAAGCUGGCAUCGCAUCCGUGCAGCAGCCGCCACCGGUCUCUACCGGCCUAGGCACCUCGGUUAAACCGACAUUCAAGAAGACCGGACUAGCUAGACAGUACGAAUUCAAUGGAGGAUUAAUCGACAUACUAGUACCGAUCGCGGAUGCAUCGCAAGAAGGAGAUGUCAGAGGCACUCUGCACCAAGCUUUGACGCUACUGCAGCAGAGGAAUGAGCUUCUGGUCAUAGCAGAUUCCGACCCGGAAGUUUUUGAAUUCUAUGACCAGCAUAGUAAAGCGGAAUCGCUUAGGUCGACCAACCCGAUUCUCGCAGCCUUCCUUCGAGAAAAGAAGAAAAAGGAGGUCAAGAAGCCUACAGCGCCCAGAUCGGUGGUUUGGAGGUCGCGUUUUUCGGCAGGCAGGCGGGCAGCCCCAGGGACAUGUGCUUCAGCUGUGGACGGUUCGGCCAUUUUGCCCAUGAAUGCCGCUCUUCAGGAAAGAGGUGAAGAUCGGAGACGGCAAUGGAAGGCGGUGAUUUCUGCAAUUGCCGAGAAAGAAAAGUUGGGCACCGCGUUAUUAUAUAGAUGGCCGCUUUCGAAGGACGAGAGGUCCGAGAUUAAAGGCUUUCGGAGUCUACUUGAAGGGCGAGGAAGUCGCAUGGCAUUGCGAUAA